UUGUUAAACUUUACUCAUUUAUAUUUCCAACUGUGGGUAAAUAUCAUGUCCCCACAUGGAUUUUGUUUUGAAUUUAUGAUCCUUCUUGACUAAGCAUAUCCUAGAGUAACUGUCUUCAUAAGACGUGACACACACUGUUCCUGUCUUUUUCUUCUUUUCUUCUUCUUCAUCUUUUCUUUCCUCGACCAGAAUUUCUUGUUCCAUGCAUAGCCACAACGUGAUCAGUAUCGGCAGCAUCGACAGAAGCAGCAGCAGCUAACCCUGUAACUCAGCAUUUGAUUCUGAGAUUGUGGCGUGAAAAGUCAGAAUGGAGGACUAGGUGAUAUGAAACCAAGUGAUUAGUUUUUUAAUGUUGCUACAAGGAAUAUGAUCAACAAAGUUGGAAGUCACUCUAGGGGCCCCAGUGCUUCUUCUAAAAAGGCUGGAAAUAACUUAGUGAGGAAUGAAGUCCAAUCUGGUGCUUGUCAUCGACAAAAGGUCAUGGAAGAUGGUUGUAAAAAAAAAGGAGGGCAUGGACAAGUGAAAAACCAAAGAAUGAAGGGAGCAGGAGAAUUAGGUGAAAGUUGUAACCAGAAUGCUGAUGCGGUAGUAGGGAAUAUUCAAUCUCAUGAAAAAUGCAAAAAUCUUGCUCAGAAGGUAGCUCCAGUUGAAAAGCUCUGGGAUGGGUACCUCAAGCUGAACCCUUCCACUACUGUUUCUGCAAUUGUCUUCUAUAACAGUGGUGAAAAGAUGCCUGACAUCAAGUGGUCUGAAUUUGUUGAAGUGAAAGGGAGAGUAAAAUUAGUUGAUUUUGAAAAUUAUGUUCGAGAUGUUUGUCGCUCACCCAACAGAGGCCUUAUGGUAGUUUCUCUGCGUUGGAAAGAAGGAUCUUCAAAAUAUGGACCGACGGACAUGAAAACGGUUGCAGAAAAAUAUAAAGAAUCUGAGAGAGUUGGGUUGGCUAAGCUACUACCUGGCAUUGAUCUUUAUAUCUGUCCUCGAAGUGACAAAAUAAUCACCUUACUUGCAAAACAUGGAUCCUACAAUGGCAAGAGAGCCGUUAAGGUGAACAAAGAUUCCCUGAUUGGUUGUGUUGUGUGGAAGAAAAACCAAGUAAAUCCCAGUUCUUCAGCAUUGGUAUCUGUAGGACCUGAAAAGUCAUAUUCAGACUCCCCAUAUCAGCGAGUUUCAGUGAGGGGACAGUCAUCAAAGUCAGGGUUCGACUUUGGAAAUUCAAAUGGUUUAAGGCUGGUAAAGAAAGCAUCAGAUUCUCUUAAGGCUGGUAAAGAACAUUCUGGUAAAGGAAUUAAGCACAUGGAUGGUUCUCAACACAAGAAAGUCUGCAGAAAUGACAAUAUCUCCAACUUGCCUCUUGUGAUAGGUGGAGAAAGCAGAGAUAUUGGAAGACCAUAUAGCACCCCUGUUGCUACACCUGUGCGCCGCCAAAAUCCGAAGAAGCAACCUAUUCCGGUGACUCGUCAAUUCUCAGAUUAUCCUACUCAUCCUGCAGCUGCUCAAAACCAGUUUUCCAGAGAAUAUGCAGGUACUGACCAGCCACCAUUUCACGCCAGAACACCCCAAAUUGUAUUCAAUGGUCCUGUUUACAUAGCCAGUCAUGCACUGCCAAUGCCACUGGAUAGCAUGUUUGGAUCUAUGUUUAACCCUCUCAAUGUCACUCCUCUCACAAGUGCUGCUCCUAGUGGUUUAUGUCAGAGUAACUUCAGUCUUCACCCUGGAAAUGUACCCCUAUCUCAAACACCAGACGACUCGCACAAUGGAAAUGUUUUGACAUCUUCAAUGGGGAUGAACUGCGACCAACCUCUUAGGUCCAAUUCUAACCCUGACAAAGGAAAGCUGCCAAUCAAAAGGGAGGUUCGGAAAAGACGGAGGUCCUAAUGCUAAACUGGGAUGAUUUAUAUACUUGUUCAUCAAUUUAUUGUGACUAAAUUUUUGCCUCAGUAGACGGUACUGCUGCAAUUUAUUUUGUUCUCUAAAUCUGCCAGAGAACCGAAAGAUAUUGAGACAGGUUAUACCAGCAAGGUAUAUCAAAAAAUAAGUUUCCUAAAUUUUCAUGGAUUAACGGUUUUCAUGGAUGUAAUAUUUUUCUUUUGAUAUUAUGGAUUAAAUUUCGUACAAUUUGAGUUUUUUUUUUUUUUUGCUAUUUUAAAGUUUAAUUAGUACUCAUUUUUGCCUGUUUUCUGAGUGGUCUAUUGGUUUAGAGAAUCGUACCCAACCUACAAGUCCUCAGUUGGAAACCAUCAAAACACCCAAAGAGUGUGACCUUUAAAGAGUGUGUUGUUAGUAGUCCUCUUACUUUAAUUAUAUCCUCCCAGCUCAUUUAAAACUCCAGCACCGUGUUGCUUAAAACUCCAGUGAGGUUUGGGCAGGUUCCAGCUGCGGCUACUGCUUAUCCAAUUCACCGUGUUGGAGAGUCUUUUGCCUAACGAUAGGCAAUGCUGUUGACGAUCGAUCUUGGGUUUCGAUCCAUGUGCUUUGAAACGAAUUGCCUACAUCUGUUCGAGAUGUGGAAGGGAAAUUCUUGCAGUAGUUCUUAUUUUAUUUGACUUCUUACUCUAUUGCUUCAUCUUUUAAUCAUUUUCAGUGUGAAUAAUG